GUCCUCCUCUGCACCGGCACCUCCCACCUCAUAUUUAUACUCGCGCCCACCAUGUCGACCGAUCCCAAGAUCCAGGACCUGCUCAACAAGCCUAAGAGCGAGCUCACUGAAUACGAGGUUUCCCUCGUCGAGGAACAUGAGCUCACUGCCGGUCCUUUGUCUCUUCUCCAAACCGCCACGCGCACACACACCCAGGUCCUGAUCUCCUGCCGGAACAACCGCAAGCUCCUCGCCCGUGUCAAGGCCUUCGACCGCCACUGCAACAUGGUUCUGGAGAACGUCAAGGAGAUGUGGACCGAGAAGCCCAAGGGUGGUAACGGCAAGGGUGUCAACAAGGACCGCUUCAUCAGCAAGAUGUUCCUCCGUGGUGACUCCGUCAUCCUUGUCCUGCUCAGCUGAACACUGUUCACGUGACGCGCUCAAUUCCCUUCUCGAACGGUCCUGGGCCGGUCCGGGCUUGGCUUCUCUCUCUGAUCGAGCUGAAACCCGACGGAGACGAAUUCUAGUUGACACAGACGAAUGAACGAUACCCUUUUAGUCGUGCGAUACUUACGGGAUUGGACGGGAUGUUAGAUUACAUCAUCACGUACAAUCUGCCCUCCCCGCCCAUUUAAUCCAGCCCUCUCCGGACCUUGGCUCUCAUAUUCUCCUUCUCGUUUCAUAUAUUGCUAUUUUUCCGAUCUCAAAUUUCACCGUUUCUUCUCUCUGAUUUACGGCGGGGGCAGAUUUGGCGUUCUCCGGACUCUUUUGUUUUUUAAAGCUAGAAAAAGGAAUCUGAAGUGGAGUAUCUCGGCUUGAUAAAAGUAGG